CUUGCUCUCAUCUCACUAUAUACAGACACAUUCAUAUUAGUAUCUGAAGAAUAACAAGAAGAAGAGAGGUCAUGUCUUGCUCUGUGGGGAGUGGGCUCGCGACAGUGUUCUGUUACCUUCUUCUGCUUUUGUCAUCCAACGUUGUAUGUGCCAGUGCUCGUCGUCUAAGGUUUCACAAGCAUCAUCACAAAGUUGCUUCUUUGGUACAAGACUUCGUCCAUGGUGGAGGAAGGAGGGUGAGGGUGCUAGGUGGAGUGGAGACAGGGGAAGAAGUAGUAGUCAUGGAUUAUCCUCAGCCUCAUCGCAAGCCUCCCAUCCACAACGAGAAGGCUUAAUUAUAUAUAUAUAUAUAUAUCACACAUCAUAUACUGUCACAUGCAUUCACCAUGUUGGUGGUUUGUAUGACUCUUGUGCUAUAUGAAUAUAUUUCAUGACCAACAUCUUUUGUUAUUCAUAUAGAAUGUGCUCA